AAGCAAGUAAAACAGGGUUAAAUUUUUGACCAAAACCCAGAUUGAUUCAUAAAGGGAGAGGGAGGAGUAAAACUUUAAAACUGUAAAAAGGGUAGAUAAGCUUCGCGGGAGAAGAACGACGAGCUUCAUUUAUUCAUUUUCACCUUUUUCGCCAUCUUUCCCUUUUCCUCUCCGUGUUUUAUUCAUUUGUCUGCGUUUCUCUUUUUUCUUCUCCAAAAGGGAGCACUGUUCAACUCUUCAGCAAGGAAAUAGUAGUGAGUGAGUAGAUUUCAUCGUGUCAUCCCAUCAUUUCAUUACCCCCAAGCCAAUCGAACCUUCUCUCAUUAGUCAUUUCUGCUUUCUCCCAAUUCCUCUUGUUCUUCACCAGGUUGUUCAUCAUAGAUUUCCUCAAAAAUCUGUCCGCCUGCUUGCCUUCUCAUCCGACCGUGUGUUGUCCCUUUCUCACAGGUGGUAUUUCCGAUGUGCUGUUGAAUUUUUCUGGCUUGAAGAAAUUCUGCUGACCGGUCGACGAGCACUUGAAUUUGGGGUUCUAUUCAGAAGAUCUGGAUAGUUUUCCUAAUCAUCUCUAGACUUUCCCUUGGUGUUUCUCAUUUUGAAGGCUGGAGACAGAUGAGAGAGGAGUCAUUUUGUGAAUGUUCCUGAGAAAUGUUUGUUUGAUCAAUGGUAGCUCAUGACUUCUGCCAAUCGGGUUGCAUCUUGAAUUCGGUGUACAAUUUCUACUUCUUUAUCUGCUGAUGUUAUGGUGAUAUGAAGGAUGCGGUGUAGUUUGAGUAGGUAGCUCUGAAAAAUCUGAGGUAGAUAUCAUAUUCUGUUCCGAAAUUUAUUUUGAGAGAAAUGGAGCAAAAUAGAGGAGAGAGCUGGAAGGAACUGGUACGAAAAAUGAUUCCACCAGGUGCUUCUCUCCCUGAAGAUGAGGCUAAGCUCGAUUACUCCAUAGCUAUAGAGUACCUUGGCCCUCCAAUGCCUUACGAGGUCCCUAAGGUUGAACCUCUUGAUGUCAGUUCCCAUGGAAUCCCAACUGCUGAGCCGCUCGAAGUCUCAAAUGGAUCAGCUGUGAAUCUAGGACCGCCUGUGAUCAAUCCAAUACCUUUGCCAGUGUCUUACAUUGCCCGUGUCACAGACUCCCCCUCCCAAAGCCCUCGGGCAUCAGCAAGCUCGGAGUCAGUAGUAUCAGUUCUCCAAAAUCCCGACUCUUCCUCAGCUUCAGCAUCAGCUUCACCUGCAUCAGCUCGAAACCCUCCCAAUCAGGUGGUGGCCAAUGAAGCGAGGCGAAUGCCAGUUGUCAAGUUCCAUUCUGUUGAUACCUCUACCCACAGCAAAGGCUCGGAUACCGAUAGGUCAGUUUACCCCGAGUAUGUUGUUGGGGUGUCAAAGGAAAAGAAGAAGAAAAGGAGUAGAGUUUGCUAUCGGUGUGGAAAAGGGAAAUGGGAAUUGAAGGAGUCAUGCCUUGUUUGUGAUGCAAAAUACUGUAGCAACUGUGUUCUUAGGGCAAUGGGAUCUAUGCCCGAGGGACGUAAGUGUGUGACAUGUAUAGGUGAGCCGAUUGAUGAGUCAAAGAGGUUUAAGCUCGGGAGGCAUUCUCGUGUCUUAUCGAGAUUGCUCAGUGCUUUGGAAGUUAAGCACAUUAUGAAAUCAGAAAAGGAAUGUUCUGCUAAUCAGCUUAGGCCAGAGCAGUUGAUUGUAAAUGGGUUUCCUUUGAAGCCAGAGGAGAUGGCAGAAUUACUUGGAUGUCCUUUGCCACCGAAGAAAUUGAAGCCCGGUAGAUAUUGGUAUGACAAGGAGUCUGGUCAAUGGGGAAAGGAGGGAGAAAAACCAGAUAGAAUCAUUAGUUCAAACUUAAACUUCACUGGGAAACUCAUGCCUGAUGCAAGCAAUGGCAACACUGAAGUUUACAUUAAUGGCAGAGAAAUUACUAAGCUCGAGCUGAGGGUGCUAAAACUGGCAAAGGUGCAAUGUCCCCGUGAUACUCAUUUCUGGGUCUACGAUGAUGGCCGUUAUGAGGAGGAAGGUCAGAAUAAUAUAAGGGGAAACAUUUGGGAAAAGGCAUCAACCCGGUUUGUCUGCACACUCUUCUCUUUGCCUGUUCCUCAUGGUCAACCCGUUGGUCAGAGAGAUGAACCUAGCACUUACACUACACUUCCGAAUUAUCUCGAGCCGAAAAGAGUCCAGAAGCUUCUUCUGCUCGGACUCCCGGGAUCAGGAACCAGCACGAUUUUCAAGCAGGUAGAAGUUCUGUUCACUGCAGAAGAGCUGCAAGAUAUCAAGUUGAUGAUUCAGAGCAAUAUGUAUCGAUAUCUUAGCGUCUUGCUCGAUGGACGAGAGCGCUUUGAGGAAGAGUUACUCGCAGAGGUGGAGAUUGAAGAUCGGGACUCUGAAGCUAGUGGAGAAGCCGACUCAGUUGAAACCAACAACCAGUGCAUCUACUCCAUCAACCCAAGGUUGAAGCAUUUCUCUGACUGGCUGCUUGACAUUAUAGCCACUGGAGAUUUGGACGCGUUCUUCCCUGCAGCCACACGUGAGUAUGCCCCAUUAGUCGAAGAGGUGUGGAAAGAUCCCGCUAUCCAGGAAACAUAUAAGCGAAAAGACGAACUUCACUUCCUUUCAGAUGUUGCAGAGUACUUCUUAAGCCGGGCAGUCGAGGUCUCCAGCAAUGAAUAUGAACCGUCUGAGCGAGAUAUCCUCUAUGCAGAAGGCGUCACCCAAGGAAAUGGUCUAGCUUUCAUCGAAUUUUCGCUCGAUGAUCGGAGUCCAAUGUCCGAAGUGUACACUGAUAAUCUUGAAGCUCUUCCUCCUCCUCUCACUAAGUACCAACUCAUACGGGUGAAUGCAAAGGGAAUGAACGAAGGUUGCAAAUGGGUCGAAAUGUUCGAAGACGUACGAGCUGUAGUGUUCUGCGUCUCCCUCAGCGACAAUGACCAGGUGAGCUUAUCACCAUCAGAGGGCAGCGGGUCACUGCUCCAGAACAAGAUGAUGCAGACCAAGGAACUGUUCGAGUCUAUGGUUCGCCACCCUAGCUUCAAGGACACUCCAUUCGUGCUUGUGCUCAACAAGUAUGAUCUGUUCGAGGAGAAGGCAAACCGGAUCCACCUCAGCACGUGCGAGUGGUUCUCGGACUUCAGCCCGGUGAGACCCAACCACAACCAACAGUCCCUGGCCCAGCAGGCGUACUACUACGUGGCAAUGAAGUUCAAAGACCUCUAUGCGUCGAUUACUGGGCAGAAGCUGUUCGUGUGGCAGGCCAGGGCAAGGGACCGGGUGACCGUCGACGAUGGGUUCAAGUACGUGAGGGAGGUGCUGAAGUGGGAUGAGGAGAAGGAGGGUAAUUACUAUGGUGGGCCUGAGGAUUCAUGUUAUAGUACGGAUGUUAGUUCAUCUCCAUUUGUGAGGCAAGAGUGAUAAAAUAUGGUUUGGUAAGUAGUGUUAUGCCUUGUUAGUUUAGGGAGGAAAAGGUUAGUACUAAAGGGAAAGGGAAGGGUUAAUAAGGCUAAUUGCUUAAAUUGUAAUUGAUGUCAUUGUUCCUGUUGUAAUACCAAUCUCAAAUGCUUGUUUCUUGAGUGAGUGCAUGAUCUGAUCUGGUUCAUAUCGAAUUCGAAUGUAAAGAACAAAUUAAGUCUUUUAACUCCCCACUCCUUCCAUUAAUUAUUCUCUUCCUCCUAUCAAACCAAACUACCACAUUAUUCAGACCAAAAGGGUCUUUGCAUCUUCCAGUUUAAGCCAUAAACAACCUAAACUAAACCUCGUAUUGCACAAUCUCUCGCUCAGUUCUCUCAUUCCAACAAUAGAAUACAUUUCACUACAACAAAUCUGGAGAUACCCCCUACUGGAUGCUCAUUGCAGAAACACCUGAUGUGAUCUCACUGCUUCUCGGAUCACCACGUUCUAGGCGAACACCACACGGGUCUUCUCGUACUAGCAAUGCUAGAACAUCGAGCGAGCUCCAGGUUGCUGCAAGAUUGCUGCUGCUAGAGUUCCCCAACGUCACAGCGAAUACUGCAUCAAACCCACCUGCACCGGGGACCCCGGCCAGCAAAACUCCUUCCAUGUUCAUCGUAACAUCCAACAAUUUGUUCUGCGAUUCUGGCUCUAUCUGGAACACCGGCAGCUUCUCCCAUCUGGCGCAUAUGCCUUCUGAUCUCGAGCAUUGCCUCUCUUGCCCCCAGUAAUGCUUUAGCAACAGCUUCUUGGUUGUGGUCAGCAGCUUGCUCCACCCACUUGUCAGUCUUUGUUGUGCUGCAGCUGUCUAUCACCGAUUUAUAUGAAAUCCAAUGCUCUUCUGCAAGUUGGCUUAAAGCUUUAAGUUGUGUUUCCAGCGCUGAAUUUGCUGCUGACAAUAUCCUCCAUGUUUCUUGAGACUUCUGUGGAUCAGCUUUCUGCCACUUUUUUACUGCACCUACCAUUGAUGGUGUGGAUGAUCCUCCAACUCCUGGUUCCCCAAGUAACUUCACAAAAGAAUCACAAUGAUCAUUUUGAAGGUUAAUACAAUCAACAUUUACUAAGCCGCCAGAUGCAUAAGCAUCCAGACUGAACUACUUUGCCAUAUGACACCCUAGAGAUUGCCAUGAAUGCAAGAAUCAACAGGGAGAGCCAAAGAUGGGGAUUGAAGGAGUGAAUUACAGGUAUUCUGUAUGAGAGGGUUUCCUAGUUCAUCGAUAAAGGAUUGGUAUCACUAUAUUUGUAUGAUAGU